ACGUUUAUCAUAAUUUCACAAAUUUCAAAAUGCAAAUAUUUGAAAAACCGCAGCGCUCUUUAAACAGUUACUAUUAUUUUAAAAAAAUUCAAAGCGAACAUAUUUUAAAAACAUUUUUUAAUUCAAAUUAUACAUCCGUUGUGUAUUUACCGGAUAACUUAACUGUGUUACCACCGGUCGUGGAUCCUGAUCCUGAUCCUGAUCCUGAUUCCGACUCUGAUUCGACUAAGAGUAUAUCAUCAACGAAAGUAUCAGUAUCGAAUCCAUCGUAUAAAUUAGUUUGUUACUUUAUAUUUACGCAUGAUAUCGAUCAACUAUUUCGAAAUUUUGAACCGGAUUUAUGUACUCAUUUAAACAUUGGAUUCUUUGGAAUUGAAAAUCAUCGAAUUGUUGUCUCCGAUCAACAGAAACAGGUUCUAAAUAGACUUCAAAGUUUUAAACAGAAAAAUUCGAAUUUAAAAACAUUGUUAACAAUUGGAGGAGCCGGCGAACCAGGUUUUCCAGAAAUGGUUUACAAUCAUUCCAGCCGGAAACAAUUUAUCAAAUCGUUUGUAAAAAUCAUUCACGAUUAUCAAUUGAAUGGCGUCGAUUUAGAUUGGGAAUUUCCAAGUUGGGAUAAUAAUGUCCAAGAUGAGCGACAAAAACAACAUUUUACCCAAUUAUUAGAAGAAAUUCGAACGGAAAUCAAUCGUGAAUCGGAUCAAAAGCGAUUUUUAUUAUCGGUUGCAGUUGGAUCCAUACCAAGUAUUAUUGAUACCGCUUAUGACGUCCAAUAUUUAAAUCAAUUUGUGGAUUAUGUGAAUAUAAUGUGUUAUGACUAUCAUAUGUUUUCCAAACUAACACCAUGGACUGGUAUUAAUGCCCCCUUAUAUUCAACAUCAAAGGAUGAGGGUAUUUUUGAAAUAAUGAAUAUUAACUAUUCAGCUAAUUAUUGGAUCAGUAAAGGAAUGGAUCGUUCUAAAAUUGUUAUUGGUUUACCAACGUAUGGUCAUAGUUUUAAGUUAAUGAAUAUUCUGAACAAUGAUCUACAAGCGCCAGCGUUAGGCUACGGUGACAUUGGUCAAUUAGGUUAUGUCACAUAUUCCGAAGUGUGUAAAUUUUUAAAUGGUUUUGGAGUGAAUUUGGUAUUCGAUCUGAAAUCGCAAAGUCCAUACGCUUACCAAGCAUCAAAUUGGAUCUCCUACGAAAACGAACACAGUUUAACGUUUAAAACUGAAUUCAUAAAAAGUAACAACUUUGGUGGAGUGAUGCUGUUCAAUUUAAAUAGUGAUAACUUCCAUGGCAGAUAUUGUGACUUUAAAAAUAUUCAAAGUUUACAGAAUUCAACAAACUUAUUUCAUUUAACGCAUACCGUUAAAAAUACCUUAUUCGAUGAUUCGUUAUGACAAAUCGAAAUGUCAUUAGAGAAAGAGUUACGAUUAAAAUGAUGAUCUACUACUACUAUUAUUAUUAUUAUUAUUAUUAUUAUUAUUAUUAUCAUUUACAAAUUAUAGAAUGGAUCUAGGAUCUAUGAUAUGGUACGGAAUCAAUUCUUUACAAACACUAUUCUGAUACUACACUAGUUACCAGUUAUUUAUGUGCCAUUACUAUUAUUUAUGUGUCAUUUAGUCAUUUAGUGGAAUCAAAUUCAAUAGAAUAUCAUGGUAAUCAACAAACAAAUUAAUGCAUCUUUAAAAUUUUAUUUAUAUUAUGUACGUACAGGUACUUGUUUUGUUUUGUUUUGUUUAUUAGCAAAAACAAAAAGUGCAACUUUCAGUGGCGUACCUAACUCUCUUAUUGGUAUUAGUGGUGAUGUGUAGUGGUGUAGUUGGAGGUUCAAAUCAAAAAAAAAAAAAACUAUCAAUCAAAUAAAAUAAAAGUUUAAUUAAAAGUUCUAUUUAUUUUUUUAUAAGAAAUUACUUUUACAUUUAAACUUUUGUUCUAUCCGCCAAAAAAUGGAGUUAAGUACACCUAUGAGAGGUGAGAGGUGAGAGGUGAGAGGUGGACUUUUUUUAACGCAGAUUCAUUAAUUUGUUCUUUAUUACCAUUACCAUGACCAUGAUAUUGUAUUUAAUUUGAUUAGACUACUUAACAUUCUCAUUCAUUUCAAUAAUAUUCAAAUUAAAAUUUAGAGGUUGAAUCUUAAAAAGCAAAAGCGAAUCUCAAAUUUGGAAACUUUAAUUUUUAGUACUUACAAUUUUAAAUUGGUCCACGGAUCUUGGAUCUAGUGAAACCCAAUAGUAACAGUAUUGCAGUAUUACAGUAUUGGGAGCUAUGCCAAUGAGAUCUAGAAUUAGACUAUUUUAGAGGAUGAAUUAG